AUGGCUUCGAACACCCUUGCUGAUGGUGGAGAUGAUGCACCUAAUUACCAAUUACGUGGUGUUGAACAAGUUUCUCCAAACACUGGAACGAAGAGAUAUAUUCCGGAUUCACCCUCUUCGUUGACGCCAGCAGAGGGAAUGUUAUUCGACAUAGUUGAUGACGCGUAUAACUUUUAUAAAACUUACGCAGAAGCGGGAGGUUGGACUGUAAGGAAGGGCGCACAACACGAGAACCGUGGUAUUGUUAUAAACAAGUACUUUUUCUGUUCAAAGGAGGGUCAAAAAGACUUUCGACCGGUCGAUACUUUAGUCGAACAGCCGUCUGAUAGGUGGGUACGUAGGGUACCAUCCAAAAGGACCAGAUGCCAGGCUGCGAUCAGAAUAAAACUUACCGAUGCUAAGAAGUAUUUGCUGUAUCAUUUUAUAGAGGCGCACAACCACGAUUUUGUGCAUGAAGAAGAUUUACAUCUUCUCAAGGAAAACAGGGGUAUUAAUCGUGCACACGAAGAGAUGAUAAACAAGAUGUCACAUCUCAACAUUGGGCCUGUUCGUGCAUUUAACAUUAUGAAGGAAGUGUAUGGUGGGUUCGACAAAGUCGGUGCCACCAAAGUCGAUUUUAAAAAUUUCAAGAAAGAAUUAAAUCUUUUUAUCGGAGAGUUUGAUGCGGAAAUGUUUGUCAAGCGACUGAUGAGGAAAAAGGAGUUUUUACCGAAGUUCUCUUGUGAAUAUGAAACCACAGACGAAGGUGUGUUGAAGUGCAUUUUUUGGGCCGACGAGGAUAUGAAGAGAAAUUAUUAUAUGUUUGGGGACGUUAUAUCAUUUGAUGCUACCUACAAGCGUAACAAGUAUAACAUGAUGUUUCUCCCUUUCACUGGGAUUGAUAAUCAUAAUAGGAACGUGACACUUGGUGCUGCAAUUCUCGGUUCUGAAACGGCAGAGACGUAUAGCUGGUUACUUAGGGCGAUCAAGAACGCAUACGGGUACGCGCCUCUUGUAAUCGUUACUGACCAAGACCCUGCGAUGAAAAGGGCUAUAGCUGAUGUUUGGCCUGAGUCAAGGCAUCGGUUAUGUAUGUGGCAUAUCAUGGAUAAACUCACUACAAAGGUCUGGUCGGGGCUGCCCUAUGUUCAAAUACAGAUUUUAGGAAAAGAUUGUCUGCAGUUGUUUGGACUGAUUCUCUAUUGCCCGAAGCUUUUGAGGUCGGGGCUGCCCUAUGUUCAAAUACAGAUUUUAGGAAAAGAAAUCUCUAUUAUUCAUGAUUUCGGUUUAACCGACCAUGAAUGGCUGACGUAUAUAUAUGGGCUACGUGAAUCAUGGAUUCUAGCUUACUAUCGUGAAGAAGAAAUGUCUGGUCUUAUGCGGACAUCAUCUAGGUCCGAAAGCGAGAAUCACUUUUUUGGCAAGAUUAGCAAUCCAAAGUGCAUGUUGGUUGAAUUUCUUAGCCACUUUGAUACGGCUAUUGAAGCGCAAAGGCACGAGCACCGAAAAAAUGAUCAUGACACUCGAUGCACCAACCCUGGAGAGUGGAGUGAUUUUGUUCUCGAGAAGCAAGCAGCUCAGAUAUAUACUAGAACUUUAUUUUUGGAUGUUCAACUCGAGAUUCAACAUGCUAUUCAUCGUUGUACGAGUGUCAGAUUAGAUCACGUCGGUGAUUUCAUUAAGUUUUUUAUAAAGGAUCUCGAUCAGCCAUGUUCUUCAUUCUUCGAGGUUAUGAUACGCGAGGAGGAUGUUACUGUUAAGUGUAUCUGCAACAGGUUUGAGCAGUUUGGAUUGUUGUGUAGUCACAUUUUUUGCGUGUUACGGAUUCUUGAUAUAAGGGAGUUUCCGAAACAAUAUAUAUUGAGGCGUUGGACGCGUGAAGCUGUUCCAAAUAGUUCCCCCCUGUUUAUGUCAGUCGCGGAUGAAGCUCAAAUAAAUGCACCUCCCAAGACACGACGUAAUCGAUUUGCUGAACUGCUAGGAGUUGCUCCAGAGAGCACGGCCACUAUCCGUGUUCCAGUUGGUACCAGGUUCAAGGGCUGUGAUUCUCAUAAACGCCUUAAAUCUCAAAAGGAGCGAGCCAUAAGUCAGUCUGGAAGUAAACGUCGUCAAUGUUCAUUAUGUAAAAAAUACGGUCAUAACAGAGUAACGUGCUGGAAAUACACCGUGGCUGGGGCUGAGGCAGGUGCUUCGUGGAAUGCUGGAGGUAAUGAAGAUACAAUUCAUGAAAGAGAUGCUGCUAUGGUUGUUGAAGGUGAUGGUCCUGGAUCGAACGAUGAUGAUGUGUUUUACACAUCUGGAAACGAUGCAGAUAUGGAUGAUGAGGACAUGGCAUAG